AUGAAGUCCCUCUUAUUCUGUUGCCUCUUGGGCAUUUACUUAGCUACAGGCAUGUGUAUGGAGUGUGAAGUUUGUGUAAUGCCUGGCGAGACAUGUAAGGGCACGAUGAUGACCUGUAAAGAUAAUGAAGAUACUUGUGUGACGUUUCAAACUGAACUGAUAAGAGCCCCUCUGUCCUUCACUUUCAUUUCAAAAAUGUGCAGCACGUCUGACACCUGCCAUCUUGACUACGUGGAGACAAAUCUACCUCAUGAACUGGCAGUGAGGUCCAAAAGAGCAUGCUGUGUUGGGGAUGAAUGUGAUACUAUGCCGCCUGUUGUGCUUGAACAUCACGACAACCGUUACAAUGGACUCCAUUGUCCUGGAUGCAUUGGACUCGGCUCAACUGAAUGCAAUGAAAAACUGGUUUCCUGCCGGGAUACUGAAAACCAGUGCUUGUCUAUAACUGGGAAGAACUUAUAUUUCUUGGUCAAUGAUAUAUCUAUCAAAGGAUGCGCUACUGAGAGUUUGUGCACUUUACUUCAGAAGAAGAUCUUCUCACCUAUAGCGGAAUGGGAACUAGAUGUCAAAUGCACUCCAGCUUUCCCACAGGCUUCCCAGUGA